AUGCAGAUAUGGCGGCGAUCCUUCGCUACGUCUGUUGCCAGACUUAGCAACAGCUCGGCGACUCGUCCUUCUAUUUCACGAUGCGCCCAGAUCCUCCAAGCUAGCAAGGGUGGGACCUGCAGCUUCGAAGACCAGGAAGUCAGAGUGAACGGCUUCAUCCGUUCUGUGCGGAAACAGAAGCGCUUUGCCUUUGCGGAGAUUUCUGAUGGCUCGACCGUGGAGCCAAUGCAGGCAAUCCUGAAACCUGCGCAAGCAGCAGAUCUAUCAACGGGAACAGCGGUCGAAAUAUCAGGGGUGUGGAAAGCUUGUCCACCGGGUAAGGAGCAGACUCACGAGCUUCAAACAACCGACGUAACGGUCGUCGGCGCAUCGGACCCGGAGACAUUUCCAAUUCAAAAAAAAUACCACAGCCCCGAUUUCCUGCGCCAAAUCCCUCAUCUUCGCAUCCGAACACCCUUCAAUUCCCUCCUCGCGCGCUUCCGGUCCGAGUGCAUGUUCCAGCUAGGCAAUGUCUUCCACUCCCACCCAAAUGGCGCCUUUACACAAGUCCAGCCUCCGAUCAUAACAUCCUCGGACUGUGAAGGGGCUGGUGAAACGUUCACAUUGGCACCGCGUGGUGCCGCUGCUACACCCAGCGCCGAGAACGAGCAUUUCUUCCGAGCACCUAAAUACCUCACUGUGUCGUCGCAAUUGCAUCUGGAAGCUUAUGCGGCGGAGCUAGGCAAUGUCUGGACAUUAACACCAGUAUUUCGGGCCGAGAAGAGUGAUACACCACGCCACCUCAGCGAGUUCUACAUGCUCGAGGCUGAAGUCAACUUCAUGUCCGAUCUCGACUCGCUUACCAGCCUGGUGGAACACAUGCUACGCGAUCUGACGCGUCGCCUAUAUAAUACUACAGUGGGCCAGGAGAUCCUGUCGGCUAAGCGGUCUGGUGAGCAAGGCCAGGAGAGUAACGCCGAGGAAACGAUCUCUUUGCGACAGCGGUGGACUGACCUGAUGGAUGGUCCGAAAUGGGACCGCAUAACAUAUACGCAAGCCGUGGAAAUGUUGCAGCGUGCUGUUACUGAGAAGGCGGCAUCAUUCGAACAUCCUCCGACGUGGGAUGGAGGCCUUCAGCUCGAGCACGAAAAGUACAUCGUCGAGGAACUCCACCAGGGCCGUCCAGUCUUCGUCACGGACUACCCGAAAUCCGUUAAGCCAUUCUACAUGGCACCUUCCCAGGUUGUCGAAGAUUCCAAUACGCCCGGUGAGACAGUAGCGUGCUUCGAUCUCCUUCUCCCGGAAGUCAGUGAGGUUGCCGGGGGUUCCCUACGUGAACACCGUCUGCCUGAACUUAUCCAGAACAUGCGUGAGCACGGGUUGAUCAAGGCUCGAGAGCUUCCAGAGUCGGGGGAUUCAGCCUCGCUUGAGUCGCUAUAUCCUCAUCUUUCUCCCACCGAGGAUCUGAGUCACCUUCAAUGGUAUGCUGACCUCCGACGCUGGGGCUCUGCUCCUCACGGAGGGUAUGGGCUUGGCUUUGAUCGGUUCUUAGGAUACUUGAGUGGCGUUUCUAGUGUCCGGGAUAUUGUUUCUUUCCCGAGAUACUAUGGUCGGGCUGAUUGCUGA